UCAGUUCAUUAGUAACGAUAAGAACAACAACAACUCAUGGAUCUGUUACCAACCAUUUAUACCCAUAGAUUAAUGUAUCGAAAUAAUCAUCAUCAUCAUCAUAAAAACACUAUUGAAGAUUCAAAUCAGAAUGAUGAAGAGAAUGGAUUAUUAAAAAAAUAUCAUUCUAUUGAAUAUGAUGAAUCAGCUCAACAUCUUCAUCAUCUUCAUCAUCAACAUCAUGAUCAUCAUGAACAUCAAUAUCCACAUCAGAUAAUUCAUUCACAACCAAAAUUAUUUCGUCAAUUAUCCGCUAUACCUAAUCCAAUUUAUCAUUAUUUACAUUUAUUUUAUAUAAAUCGGGUUGAAACAAGACGUCAUACAAUAGCGAAAAUAUUACAUGAAAUUGUACAAAUAGCUCAAGAGAUUUUACAUGAAGUUGAAUUACAAGAACCACGUUUUGUUAGUACAUUAAAAGUGAUUCAUACAAAUAAUUUAGAAAAGAAACAAGAUGAUAAUGAUGAUGAUAAUAAUAAUACUUCACCGGAUACUACUUCGAAUGUAAUCAAUAGUCUGAAUACAACGAAUACUACUACUAGUACUAGUACUACUACUACUACUACUAGUGUUACAACGAAUCCCAUGAAUAGUAGUAAUAGUAAUGAUAAUUCACAAAAUGGAGUUUAUUAUGAUGGUUUACGUGUUCUAUCAUCAAAUCAUUUUGAGAUAACACUUUAUUUAAAUCAAAUGGGUGUAUUUAAUUUUAUGGAUGAUGGUAGUAUACCUGGUGGUGCUGUCUUAAAAUUAUCCGAUGGUCGUAAACGUUCAAUGUCAUUAUGGGUUGAAUUUAUUACAGCAUCGGGAUAUUUAUCAGCUAGAAAAAUACGUGCAAGAUUUCAUAGUUUAAUUGGACAAGCAAUACAAAAAUCAGCCUAUCGUCAUAUUGUACGUAUGUUAGGACAUACAACUGAAGUGAAAUUAUGUAUACAUGAUAAGUAUAUAUUACAAAUUACUCCAGCAUUUCGUUGUAAUGGUUUAUGGCCUAGAUCAGCUAGUCAUUGGCCUAUCAAUCAUAAUGAAUUGAAUAUAGAAUUAACAAAUACUCCUUCUAAUAGAAUCAAAUGGCCAUCAAAUCAAUUAAUUAAUGAAGUAAAAUAUGAAGGAUUUUGUUUAUUAAGUCAAGAAUCCGUAUAUACAAAAGAUAAACAAGCAUCCGCUGAAGGAGAUGCAUGGUUAUUAGAUUUUUAUCAUGCAGAAGAACGUUUAUUAUUAAAUCAUACAAUACGUAGACAAUGUUUUAGUAUAUUAAAAACAUUAGCUGAUCGACAUUUAACUGGUGUUAAUAAUAAGGAGAUCAAUUUUAAAGAUCCCAAAUCAACCUCAUCAACCGCAUCAACCGCAUCAACAUCAUCGUCACCAAUGAACAUGAUGAAUUCAGUCAUUCAAGAAUAUGAUAUUAAAACACUUGUUUUACAUGAAUGUGAAAAACAUCCAAAUGAUGAUGAUUGGACACAAUAUACAUUAGGUGAUCGUAUUAAUAGUAUAUUAUUACAAUUAAUAUCAUGUUUACAACAUCGUCGAUGUCCACAUUAUUUUUUACCAAAUUUAGAUAUAUUUCGAGGAUAUUCUACAUUAGGAAUGGAUAUUACAGCAAAACAAGCAUGGAGAUUAUUAAGAGAAUUAUUAACAUGUCCACAAGCACUUGAAUAUCUUUAAUUUAAAAAAAAAUUUGGGAGCGGGAGGGAGGAAGAAAGUAACAUAAUCAAUAUUCUACGAUUUAUCCAAUGUCCAAUAUAUAUAUAUGUAUCAUAUGGGAACAUAUAAUACAAGAAAAUUUGAUAACAAUUUUGUGUAAAGUGAAUAAUCUCUUUAUCUCUUUUCAUGUUACCUACUUAGUUAUUUAGGCUUGUUAAUCCCAAUGGAGCAAUAGGCCGCCGAUCAAUAUUUUUCAACGCACUCUGUCCUGGGCCUUCCUUUAUAGUUCUAUCCAAUUGUUGUUCAUUCUUCUCAUGUCUAUCUCCAUUUCUCGGUGUAAUGUGUUCUUUGAUCUUCCUUUACACCCCCAUCGGCCUUGAGGAUUCCAAGUGAGGGAUUGCCUUGUGAUACAGUUGAGUGCUUUCCUUAAUGUGUGUUCUAUUCAAUUCCAGGGUUUCUUUCUGAUUUCUUCCUCAGCUGAGAUUCGGUUUGUUCUCUCCCAUAGUAGGUUGUUGCUGAUAGUCUGUGGCCAAUGGAUCCGAAGUAUUUUGCGUAGACGAUUGUUAAUAAACAUUUGUAUUUUCUAGAUGAUGGUUUUCGUAGUUUUCCAAGUUCCCGUCCCAUACAGUAGAAUCUUUUCAUGUGCACAUACACAUACACUUUAACAUUAAUCACAUUUUAUUGUGUAACCUUGAAUAGUCGUUUAUAAUAAUGAUGAUAAUUUUUGUUUAAGUGGUAUACUUUUGAUCGAAAAAUCUUAUUGUAUCUUUU